AUGUUAUUAUCAGUUUCAUUGAAUCGACCAGAACAUGUCUGGAUUUACACUUGGAUAUACUUACCAGAUGGAAUUCUAUAUGAACAAAGACUAUUGUCACAAAAUCCAGAUUUAACUUUGUCAGAUGAAGAUAUUCAACAACUCACUUUGAUGGAAAUUGAGAAGCAGCUGCAGAAAAAUAGAAGAAGUUUGAAAGAAUUUAAGCCAAUGCCAUAUCCAAAUAAUUAUGUCCUUGACUUUCUUGGAAAUAGAUUGAUAUAUGAUGAAAGACAAUAUGAUAUCAAGGCUCAAGAAGAGAUUUACCACAAUCUAUUUCAAAAAUUAAUGGAUGAACAACAUGAAAUUUUUAGACAAGUUAUGCAAGUUGUCACAAAUCAAAAUGGUGGAGUUUUUUUCUUAUAUGGUUAUGGUGGGACUGGAAAGACUUUCAUGUGGAACACACUUUCUGCUGCUUUGCAUUGUCAAGGAGAUAUUGUGUUAAAUGUAGCAUCUAGCGGAAUAGCAAGUUUGUUGUUACCAGGUGGGAGAAUUGCACAUUCAAAAUUCAAAAUUCCAGUUCCAUGUCUGGAAUCUUCCAUCUGUAACAUUGAGAAAAAACCAGAUCUUGCUAAUCUCUUGAAGGUAACAAAACUCAUUAUAUGGGAUGAAGCACCUAUGGCUAAUAAGUUUUGUUUUGAAGCUCUUGACAAGUCAUUGAAGGAUAUAAUGAGUGAUGACAAUGUUGAAUGUCAACAAAUUUUUGGAGGUAAAGUUGUAAUUUUUGGUGGAGAUUUCAGACAAAUUUUACCUGUUGUACUAAGAGGUACUAGGUCUGAUAUUGUCCAUGCAACAAUAAAUGCAUCAUAUAUUUGGGAUCAUUGUAAAGUUUUGAAUCUAACCAAAACUUUCAAGUUAACGGUGUUUUCUAAAUGCAACAAUUUGACGGUGUUUUCUAAAUUUUAA